AUGCUCCCAGCAGCGCCGCACAGGACCGCCGCUGGCGGGCGCCGUUUCCGCGCGCGCAGCGGCAGCUGCGCCAGCAGCGCCUUCCUUGCCGCCCUCCUCCUGCUUCUCCUCGCACGCGCCGCGAUCUGCGACCCAUCACCCGUGUCGCUGAGGUGGAUUCGUCUGGAGCAGACGCACGACAUGCUAGGGUGGACGCCGUCAGUAUACUUCCAGUGCGAGGGCGAGGAGAAGCACGCGCUCACGGGCGUCGAGAGCGCGAAUGCAGACUACAACUUCACUCUGCAUGAAUCUUUCCAGCCGCUCACGGAGCUGCAGCCACCGCAGUGCAAGCGGUGCGGCGUGUUUGAAGCAGACACGUGGACGCGCGACGACAUCUUUGCCAUCUUCGAGCUCUGCCCGCUUGCCUUCUCCGCGCCGCCUGCCAGCCAGCUGCACCUCAACUUCACUGGGGAGUUCCGUGCUGUGCUCUCCUGCCCCGCCUGCAACCCCAAUGGGAAAGCGCUUUACUCCGAAGAAGGGACGGCGGACAAUGGCCCGCUCCCCCCCAUCCUCAUCACCUUCGCAGUCAUAGGUGGUCUCUCCUGCCUCGCUGCUCUCGUCGCUCUCCUCGUCUUCCUCGCCCGUCGCAACCACUACUCCCUCUCCUUCACGCUCCCGCUCUUCGUACGGCGCCGCAUCGACCCCAACACUGCCAAGUUUCUGGAGAUGUUUGAGGAGGAGGAGGAUGGGCUCAUGGAGGCACGGUUGAGGCAUGGCGGAGAGGGGUUGGGGGGCUCAUUUGCGGAUUCUUCGGCGGCGGUGGUGGUUGGGGAUGGGAGGGUGGGGGGAUCGGGUUUUACUAUAGCUCCGGAUCACUCGCGGCAGGAUGAUUGA